AUGGGUCGUCCGAAGCUAAAUCGCACUCCUGAGGAAGAAGGAUCCGAGAAGCGAGGCUUGCGGCUGCGCGAGAACGAAAUCGACUGCGCCGAGCAGAUCCCGAAAACGAUAUACCGAUGGGCAAACGAGCUGGAUACGACCCUGGUGGCGAGAUUAACUUCGAUAUCGGGCAUCGAGACGCUACGAAAUAGCUACGAGAAUGCCGACAAGUUGAGCUUUGUGGAAGUGAACGGCGCGGAGCUGCUGCUGAAAAUGACCUUGGAGAUGGAGAAGAACUUGCAGCGCAAGAAAAACGCACUCAAGCGUUUGGUGAAAAAGGCGGAGGAGACAGUGGUGAAGCACAAAUACGCGUCCGAUCUCACGCGGAACGAGGUGGGCGCCGUCCUGAUGAAAGAACUCACGGAAGGCGACGGCAUGUUUCGCUACAGCGAAAAGUUCCACCGCUUCGUGAACGAGACGUAUUCCGGCGUACACGUCCCGCUGGAGAUCUUCGACGAAGACGCUGAGGUACUGAACGGACUCAAGUGGUCGCAGGCCUUGGACGCAGCCUUUCGACAGAAUGCCGAGAAGGACCCGGAUCUCCUGUGGCAGUACUUUGGAAGCAAAGUGGGAUACAUGCGGAUGUUCCCAGCAAAUCGUUGGAAGGUCGCCCUUGGAAAGCCCGACCUGUUCGACGUCCGGAUGAGAUCUUGGAGCGGAAGCAUGCACGGGCCGUCCAUGGAGAUCAUGAAGUUGUCGGUGAAGUCGCUGCUGAAGACCUUUGAAGAAAACGAUUUCGUCAAUGUGGCCUCGGUAUGA